GCUUUCUCAAGAGUAGUGCGCAGGCUUACACAAUUAUUUUGUUCUUUUUUCCCCCUCUCCUUUCUUUUUUUACACGACCGUAAGGGGAGAUUUGUUUCCAGGUGAGAUCAGGUGAGCAGGAAGGAGGAGCCAUGUAGACGCACGCCAUGACAGGCCAGAGGGAAAGAGAGGUGAACUUUUCUUGGUUGUAAACUUGGGAGAAGGAAGAAGAUGGAGCACGCCGCCUCAAUUCGGAACCCGAAGGGAUAAGGAAAAAAAGAAAAAAAAACAGGAACUGAGCAGAAAGAUGGCACAGCAGGAGGAGCCUCUGUAUGAUUUCCCAGAGCCUACCCAGCCAUCGAAGCCCAAGCUGCUGGGGCCUCAAAGAGGAAGGGGCUCCCUGAGAAGCAUCAGCGUGCUGGACCGUCUCCUGCUUACAGUUCCUGUCUGGCUGCAGCUGUCUAUCAACCCGGCUAAUGCACUUCACAUUCUGCAGAGGGAGCCUCCUGGGACAUUCCUGGUGAGGAAGUCCCGCACAUCCCAGAGGAACGUGCUUUGUGUUCGCCUGGCAGAUGACAGUGUGCCAUCCUUUGUACAGCAGUUUGGCAUAAGGGAGGAACAGUCUACUCUGUCUCUGGCGGGCUCAACCAUCACCUUUCCGGAUCUCCCAAGACUAAUUUCCUUUUACUGUGUCAGCAGAGAUGUGUUGCCUUUCCCUCUGGAGCUUCCUGAAGCCAUUGCAAAGGCAGCGUCACACAAAGAGCUCGAGUCCAUCUCCCACAUGGGAAUUGAAUUCUGGCGUUCGCAUCUGAACGUUCGCGGACCCCGGGAGCCUCCUAAGCCCAGAAAAGAGGAGAAGCAGCCAGACGCGUCAACAUCAGCCACGCCCGUUCUCCCACAGACCAACUCUGCGGCUCGGCCAGCUUCCGGCCACCAACCAGAUUCAGAGCACCUGCUCAACGCAGCCGAGCCCCACGCAAACGGCACCAAAUCUGAUUCGAAUCCAACUCUGUUCCAGGAGUUUUGCCCGAUCGCGACGCGCAGCCCGAGAGAACUGGACUGCGGUUCCGGCCAGGGCGACCUCUGCUUCAUCAACCCUCUUUUCCUGCAGUCGCUGAGCGCUUUCUCCAGGAGGCGCAUGUUCAAACGCAGCCUAAAGAUUCGGGUUUCCACCGAGACGUCCACCAUGCUCUCGCCUCCGCUCGCUCCGCCGCCUCCUCCGCCCCUCGUGCCUAAAAGCAAAGGGAGAUGUAAGGGUCUGAAAGGAGUCGUCGUUAAACCCAACGGGGGCACGCUUUGUGUUGCUCAGCCUCUCAUCGAAGUAGAAGAGCAACCUCCUUCAGGAGAUCCUUAUUUCUGGCCAGAGAUGCAGGAGGGCCCAGCAGACAGUGAAACGGGCCACGCUGACGUCAAACAGGAAGUGGCUUCUCCUCAGGCUCCAGACAUAAUAGAGCAUCUUCUAGACGACUACAUGCAGCCUGGUCCAGCGGUCAGCUCUCCCUCACGCUCUCCUUACCAGUCGCCAUCCAUUUCUCCGAGAGCGCCUCCUCUGUUCCCCAAAACCGGUCGCUCCCUCUCUCCUCACGACUCUCCCAGUGCUUCCCCGUCCCCCUCACCUUAUCAGUCCCCGUCCCUAUCCCCCAGAGCGCCUCCACCUCUCUCUCCAUACGACUCACCGAGCAUUUCUCCCUCCCUCUCCCCCGUGGCCUCUCUGAGCUCCUCCCCACUGACGGGUCGAGCCUGCGGCGCUCCCUCAGCACCAGACGGGCAGAGGUCGGGGCGGGAGGCCGAGGAGGAAGCGGAGCGCGCAGAUAGGGAUAAAGACGAUGACGGGGAGACGAAGGAUUUGGAUGAACGGAGGGAAGAAGGGGAGAAUGAUGUGGAGUUAAAGAGAAGCGGAGAAGUGGUCAGUAAUCCUGAAGAAACAGAGACUCCAGCUCAGUCCGCCCUCAGGCAGGACACGGUUAAACAAGGCGAAGAGCAAACGCCUUAGACUCUUUGUGAAAUUCAAAGCAUUUAAAGUUAUAUAAUUUUUUUAAAGAGCAGAGCAGAGAUACCUUACACAGGAAUAUCUAUAUUAGAAUUUAAAUUCUAGACUUAAACGUCUUUUAUUUGGUCUUCGUUUUGAAUUAGAGUGCAGUAAAUAUUUUUUCCAACCGAACCCAGCUACAAUAGCAACAGUUGUUGAAAUGUUUGCUAAAACACAUUCACUAACAAUCCAGCUUUUUGGAUUAACAUUUUUUUUUCUCUCAAUCUGAAGAGAGAGAUUUGUACUUGCAAAUUGUAAAUAAAGCAUUCUCAAUGAAA